AUGCGAAAACAGAAUACCAUUACUGAUGGUAAGUCAAUGAGGAAGAAAGAUGAUGGAAACUCUUUGAAAAACGGGAGUCCUUCUUCUUCUACAUUCAAUACCUCGAAAUCCAAAUCUGCAUGUAAAAGAUGUCGGUCUAAGAAGAUAAAAUGUGAUCAAAAGUUUCCCAGUUGUGACCGAUGUGCGCAUCUUAAGGUUCCCUGUGUUUCUGUAGAUCCUGCAACGGGCCAAGAUGUUCCAAGAUCAUAUGUCUUUUAUUUGGAAGAUCGUCUAAGAGCAAUGAUGCAGAGGCUGAAGGAUCUUGGAGAAGAUCCCAUUCAAGUACGAGGAAACGUUCCUGCGACAAGUGAAGAUGAUCCCUAUGAGGAAGAAUUACGAGAUAGGGAUGGUAUAUUGCAGCAAUAUUUAAUAGAAAAAGUAAAAAUGUUCCAAUCAAAUAAGACAGAUUCAGUUGGAAAAGCUUCUAUCAGUCCAGAUCUUAACAUUUCAGAAGCAAUAUGCCCUACUAAUCUCGAUAUGAAAUUAAGAACAGGUGAGAAGAUGCUUGGUCAGCCGAGCCCGUCAGAAUUAAACGAAUCCAAUAAGAAUAUAACUGCUCUGGCGACAAUGAAGACAAGAAGCUCAAAUUCAUUCAUGGGUGAUUCAUCUGGGGUAUCAUUUGCCAAAUUAGUAUUCACUGUGGUAAAUUUCAAACCUGAUCAUUCAUUUGAAAAUGAAUCAGAUGAGGGCAUUCAAUUUAAGACUCCCAAUAUGUACACCCUUUAUGAAAAUACACCAAGAUUUGAUCCAGUAGAAUUACCUCCAAGAGACUUUGCUGUAGAAUUGAUUCAAAGAUACUUUAUUGAUACAAAUUCUCAACUAUCUAUAUUCCAUAGAGAGUUUUUCUUAAAGAAAUAUUUUGAACCAAUUUAUGGACCUUGGGAUCCGGCUGUUUCCCUAGCGUCAGAUAGUACGGGAAUUAAUUCAAAUUUCCAAUUACCUUCCAAUGUAUUCAUUGCCACAGAUGAUUGGGAAGGCAAUUCUGAUUCUCCCUGGUAUGACACGCUGAGAUAUUUAAAAGAUACAAAGAAAGUGAAAGAUAUAAAGGUUCCAGAACGAUUCAAGAUACCAUAUUUUUUUUUGAAUAUAGUUUUCGCCAUUGGACAUGCUACACGAGUGUUACUUUCUAAGAUUGAGCUAGUGGUCACAUUUAAGAGAAGAGCUCUACAAUACACGAAUGCUCUCUUUGCCACCAGCGAUAGAUUGGAAGCACUUGCUGGGAUGUUACUACUUGCUGUGUAUUCAUUAAUGAGACCAAACGUUCCAGGUGUUUGGUAUACGAUGGGGUCAGUUCUUCGGUUAACCGUGGAUCUAGGGUUACAUACAGAGAAACUGAAUCAUAAUUUUGAUGCAUUUACUGUAGAGAUCCGUCGUCGAUUAUUUUGGGCUGCUUAUUCAUUGGAUAGGCAAAUUUGUUCGUAUUUCGGAAGACCGUUUGGUAUCCCGGAGGAGAAUAUUACCACUAGAUUCCCGAGUGAGUUAGAUGACUCUUUCAUUACACCAAAUAGAAAUGUCUCUGAUUAUUCAGAUAUUAUGAACACGACUGCGUCCCCCAAGAUUAUUGCGAUGGCUAUGUAUAAGGUCAGGAAGAUCCAGGCCAAGAUUGUUCAUAUAUUGUAUUCGCCCAAUGCAGAACUUCCGAGAAACUUCACUGAUAUGGAAUCGUGGCGUAAUGCGACGUUGAAAGAGUUAGGGAAUUGGAAAGUUAAUGAGGUACCCAAAUCCUUCAAAGCGAUGAAUUGUGAAUUCAAUAUGUUUUUCUUUACUUUGAAUUAUUUUUACUCGGAGAGUAUCCUCUUUGGAUUGUCGCCCAAGUGUCCCACUCUCAGUGGACAUGCCUUUAGAGUUGUUAGUGAAGGUACAAAGGGUACCAUUGAUGUGUUUUCAGAUUUAUGUAAGAAGCAAAAGUUAUCAUUCACAUGGGUUGCCGUUCAUAAUAUUUUCAUGAACGGGAUGACAUACCCGUAUGUUGUCUUUUAUUCCCGGGAUGAUGUUAGAGAUGACAAAAAGACUGUAGAAGAAUACACAGGUAAAGUGUUAAUGGCAUUGAAGAAUUUAAUAGGGAUGUGUGAUUCUGCGAGGAGUUGUUACAAUAGUUAUAAGGUUUUAUCAGCUGCUGUAAUUAAGUUAAAGUUUGGUAGUAGGGCGGACCAGCUUGACAAGGGAACAUGUACAGUGAACACAAGCAAUGAACCUUACAAGGAUGAGGAAGUGAAGGAGACAUUCCAUUCAUUUCCUAAGGAGGUUGCUAUACCAGCUUUUCCCAACCAUAGAAAUGUCGACAUGGAUAGCCAGGCCAGUUUUGAAAAAACUUUAAACCUGCCAUUAGAUCAAUUUUUCACCGAGUUGGAAAAAGUUACCUCUAUCCCUGAACGAACGAAACCUUUUUCGAAUCAUAAUGCCAGUAAUUUUGCCCAGGGCUCUCAAUUCCAAUCCAACGAGGUCACCGAUGGGAAUGUUAUGGGGACGGAUAAUGAGAGUCUCCGCGAUAUUCUCUUCCAAGUGACCUCUGAACCCAUGUGGGAUGAGCUUUUCAUGCAAAAGGGGGACACAGACAUGGGACUCACACAGCAUAUCAAUCCGACGCUCCCGACACAAUCUGGCAAAAACGAUUUUGUCGACGGGUUAUUUUGA